GGAGAUGGCGCCACUGCACUCCAGCCUGGGCGUCAGAGCGAGACUCCGUCUCAAAAAAAAUAAAAAAAUAAAAAAUAAAUAAGAGUUAGUUGGUGGGAAAGUGGAAAGAUGAAGACAAGAACCUUCCAAGUAAAACAGCCUGAUACUCCUUGGCCAGAAGACCACUAUAUUUACAAAGAGGGGAUAACAACAUUCGCUUCCUAGGUGGUCCAUAAGCUUAACUGGGCAGGCAUAUGACACUUCUGAGCAUUCAGUGUCAUGAUGGAUUUUCAGGUCAAGUAGAAAACAAGAAAAUGAGAAAGCAGAUCAAUCUAAUUCUUUGCAUCUUCUAUGGAGUAGAGCAAAGAGAAUGAUCUAAAAUUUAUGAUAAAGAAAAAUCCAAUCCCAAGCUGUUCUUCCGAAUAAUGCUUUUAAAUAUUAGGUGAUUGCAUAUUCUACUCCUAAAGAAAAAUGAUGCUCCCCUGUCUGAGCAUCAUUUGUGACCAAGAUUCAAAUGAUUUCCCAUGAAGUUCUAAGGUCUCAUCUGACUCAGUGGAUGUAGCUCACGACUUGUUCGUUUGACCCCAGUAUUCUAAUACAAACACCACAGCCGAUGCUGGAAGUGAGAGGAGAGGGGUUCGUUUCGGUCAGGAGCCCAAGGUGCCCCAGCAAUUUCAGACCCCCAGGGACAGGAACUCCUCCUGCAGUAAGCUCUUGUUUUGAAAAACAGUGGGGUGGGGCCAAAAAAGCAUUACAAUGGAGCUGGGGUGGAUGAGGCUUUCUUUUAUUUGAGAUGUCACUUGUGUCAGGUUUCAUGAAACAGCGCAUUGGAAAACAGAAGCUAUUUUCUAUCCCGUGGGUUGCGCUGGGAGAGCCGAGAGGCCAGGCUGUGGAUCCUUGCCACGAACAACAAGAGAGGGCAAGUCCAGCCGCCUGCUAGGGGACUAGCAGGAAGCAGCACGCCUGCCAGAGCUCAUCACUUCAACUCUGGCUUUCACUGCGCUCAUUCCCUGAAUGGCAAUAACCAGGGGGCGGGGGUGGCAUGGGAAAUGAAAGACAGGAGAUCUGGGAAACGAAAUCUGCCGGGGGAAAGAGAGUUACCGGAGUUUUAGCCAAACAGCUAGCAGAUGCAAACGGGGAGGCAGAGGGAGGAGGGAAGGCUGGGCUUCAGCAACCUGCCACGGGGAUUUAAACAAAGGAGGUUUGAGAGAGAGGCGGGAUCUGGCUGUAAUAUCGGCACGGGGACAGAGACAGCAGCUGGACUCUCGGGAUGAAACGGAAUCAAUUCCCAGCGUCUGCAACAGGGCAGGAGUGACUGGAAUAUGUCCCAAAAUAAGAACUCAGGGAAACAAGUGAGUUUGGAACAAAGACUUACAGAUUUUGACGGUCUCUGACAUUUCACCCUUCUUGGAGGCAUGCCUUUAUCAAUGCGUUACCUCUUUGUAAUUUCUGUCUCUAGUGUAAUUAUUUUUAUCGUCUUCUCUGUGUUCAAUUUUGGGGGAGAUCAAAGCUUCCAGAGGCUAAAUAUCUCAGACCCUUUGAUGCUGACUCAAGUUUGCACAUCUUUUAUCAAUGGAAAAACACGUUUCCUGUGGAAAAACAAACUAAUGAUCCAUGAAAAGUCUUCUUGCAAGGAAUACUUGACCCAGAGCCACUACAUCACAGCCCCUUUAUCUAAGGAAGAAGAUGACUUUCCCUUGGCGUAUAUAAUGGUCAUCCAUCAUCAUUUUGACACCUUUGCAAGGCUCUUCAGGGCUAUUUACAUGCCCCAAAAUAUCUACUGUAUUCAUGUGGAUGAAAAAGCAACAACCGAAUUUAAAGAUGCGGUAGAGCAACUAUUGAGCUGCUUCCCAAACGCUUUUCUGGCUUCCAAGAUGGAACCAGUUGUCUACGGUGGGAUCUCCAGGCUCCAGGCUGACCUGAACUGCGUCAAAGAUCUUUCUGCCUUGGAGGUCUCAUGGAAGUACGUUAUCAACACCUGUGGGCAAGACUUCCCCCUGAAAACCAACAAGGAAAUAGUUCAGUAUCUGAAAGGAUUUAAAGGUAAAAAUAUCACCCCAGGGGUGCUGCCCCCAGCUCAUGCAAUUGGACGGACUAAAUAUGUCCACCAAGAGCACCUGGGCAAAGAGCUUUCAUAUGUGAUAAGAACAACAGCAUUGAAACCACCUCCCCCCCAUAAUCUCACGAUUUACUUUGGCUCUGCCUAUGUGGCUCUAUCAAGAGAGUUUGCCAACUUUGUUCUGCAUGACCCACGGGCUGUUGAUUUGCUCCAGUGGUCCAAGGACACUUUCAGUCCUGAUGAGCAUUUCUGGGUGACACUCAAUAGGAUUCCAGGUGUUCCUGGCUCUAUGCCAAAUGCAUCCUGGACUGGAAACCUCAGAGCUAUAAAGUGGAGUGACAUGGAAGACAGUCACGGAGGCUGUCAUGGCCACUAUGUACACGGUAUUUGUAUCUAUGGAAACGGAGACUUAAAGUGGCUGGUUAAUUCACCAAGCCUGUUUGCUAACAAGUUUGAGCUUAAUACCUACCCCCUUACCGUGGAAUGCCUAGAACUGCGGCAUCGCGAAAGAACCCUCAAUCAGAGUGAAACUGCGAUACAACCCAGCUGGUAUUUUUGAGCUAUUCAUGAGCUACUCAUGACUGAAGGGAAAUGGCAGUUGGGAAGAGGAGCCUGUUUUUGUGAGAGACUUUUGCCUUCGUAAUGUUAAUGGUUUCAGGACGUUUAUAGCUUCAGGACUUGGCUACAUAAUUAUACUUAAAAUGUCCACUGGACACUGUGAAAUACACUAACAGGAUGGCUGGGUAGAGCAAUCUGGGCACUUUGGCCAGUUUUAGUCUUGCUGUUUCUUGAUGCUCACCUCCAUAUUAGCUUAUUGUUAGGAUCAACAAUAAUUUUAAAUGACCUCAGACCUUUGAACCAGAUACUCAUCAUAUUCAAAUGUUCUAAUAAAAAAGAGAAUUGUAGAUAAUACUGUCUAGGAAACUAAUAAUUAGGUUUCUUUGAAGAAGGAAUCUUUUAUAACACAUUAACUGUCACCACUGUGCUCAACCAGACAGAUACUGAAACAGCUUUCUGGGUAAUUCACCAAUUUCCUUUAAAACAUAAGCUACCUGAAUGGAGAAUAGAUCUUGUUUCUGAGUUUCAACACUAGCAUUUUUGGUUUACUCAUGGCCAAAGCUCUGUAUAUAGUAUAAAGUCAUUAACAAGAAACAGGAUAUGCUUUAAGACAGAAUUCACUGUCUGUUGCUUCAGUAAAAGGACCUCGGGGAAAUAGAACAUUUUCUAUUAUAUGCCAGAAUGUAAGCUGGUCCCUAUGUCAUGUCUUCCAUUGAGAACACUAAAAAGUCCUUGCAAGAAUGGAGAUAUGCAUUCAAGAGAGGUACUAUCACAUAGAUCUAGUCUGAAGUCUGGAACACUUUCCUCUUCUGUGACCCCCCUCUCCCUGAUAUUAUCUUACUUGCAAAAUAGAGACCAAAUUCUAUCCGGUGAGGCUUUUAAUUGAACCAUAAUAGGCUCUGAGUAGCUUUACAAUGCCUGGUACUGAUACUAGUGGCUCGAUUUUUAAGAGCCUUCAAUUGUAGAGGAGCAUCUCUGUUAUUUAUCCCUCAUUCAUCCAUCCAUUCAUUCAUUCAGCCUACAUUCAGUAAACAUUUCUUGAGUGUCUCUUAUGCACAGGACAUGUACUGAAACAAAAAGGAAACACAAGAGCUUUUUCACUCUAAAAAUCUUGGCAAUAAUGUCAACACCAGAAAGCCUCCUCUGGAGAAUCUUGCAGAGUGAUUGUAGUUUAAUACAGGAACGCACAGGGCUGUGUAGCAUGAUACCAGACCCAGGAGAUCAGUAAUUACAAAUUAAGGGUUAAAUCAGAGAUUAUUCAACAGAGAGGGAGAAAGGAGAGGGAGAGAGGGCCUGUUGUGUUCCAGGCAUUCUGGUAUUCCUUUAUGUAUCUAAUUUCAUUCAAACCUCACAACAGUCUUCUGAGGACCUUAUAUAAUUACUCCCAUUUUGCAGAUGAAGUAACUGAGGCUUAGAAAGGUAAUAGCACCAGGGAACAAUUUCUCUGUAUGAGAAUUAGGACUCUGUUACUGGUCUUCUCGGUUCAUUUCCUGAGGUGGAUUUACUGAGAGAAGGUGAAAUAAAGCCAUAUUUAGUAUACCAGAGAGGGUAGAUUUUAAGAACAGUCUCAGUGUUGAUAUUGAGAAGAACUCCUGUCAGCUCAGAAAAAAUGUGAAGUCUACUUUACUACUCCUGUAAUACUAAACCGUUGAGUUUCUAUUUAUUUAUUCUAACAAAAAGCAGUUACUACAAUGGAUGACACAUUUAAUGAACAAUUUUAUUUUUUUUCUAUAACUGUGCCUGUUGAAUGUCAAUCAUAUUUAAAGGGAAUGACUUUGAAGUAAAACCUUUUUUCUUGCUACUGAAAAAAAUGGAAUUGUUUUGGGUGGUAAAGAGUUAAGGAAAAGGGAAGGCUGGUCACACAAGCAACCCUCGAAGGCCACAUGUAGAGAGGCCAGCCCCGCUAAGGUGACCAGAGUGGGCUCCAAGCACAAAUUACCAUUGCUAUAGAUGGGACUCUGUCCCCCCAAAAUUCAUGUGUUGGAGCCCUAACCCUCAAUGUGAUGGUAUUUGAGAUGGGGCCUUUGGUAAGGGAAGUUUAGAUGAGGUCACGAGUGUGGGAUCCUCUUGAUGGGAUGAGUCUCCUUAUAAGAGCUCUGGCUUGGGCCAGGCGCGGUGGCUCACACCUGUAAUCCCAACAGUUUGGGAGGCCGAGACAGGUGGAUCACUUGAUGCCAGGAGUUCCAGACCAGCCUGGCCAAUAUGGUGAAACCCCAUCUCUACUAAAAAAUAUAAAAACUAGCUGGGCUUAGCGGCAUGUGCCUAUUUGGCAGGCUGAGGCAUGAGAAUCGCUUGAACCCAGGAGGUGGAGGUUGCAGUGAACUGAGAGUGCCCCACUGCACUCCAGCCUGAGUGACAGAGCGAGACUUUGUCUCAAAACAAAAUAGGUGGGGGGAUAGGGAGUGCACUCAGGGUCAGCAGUGAAGUUUAAAAAUUGUCUCUUUUCAACUUACUUCAAUGACAGCACCUGAGAAGAAGAAACGUUUUUUACACUGGAUGUUUCUCAUGUAGAACGAGAAAUCUUUCUGGAAUUGAUGUUUACAUGCAUGUUGUUGGUCAUCUCUCUUAUGUCUUAAAUACUUUAAUGUUGGAAGAGCAUGGUGUUUGGGCUAGUGGAUUUCUGACAGCCAUGGGAAUGCCCUGAAACUACUGUAUCUGAUGUUUGUUUUCAAUGAGGUUCCAUGUUUUGUUUUCUUGGGAAUAAAUUAAUAUAUUGUUUUCCA